AUGUCGAUCGAAGAUGAAGUCAAGUCGUUAGAAAAACAACUCCGUACACUACAAACAAAGCUCGAACAACUUCAGAAGCGACUAAGCAAAGAUUCUUCGCCAGCAAUUAGCAAAUCAAUCAACGGAGUCACAAAAACACAAAAAGAAAGCGACUCAUCGCCGAUUGAGAAGACCUACAUGAAGAAGUCCAAUCGCGAUUCAGAGAAGAAGAAGUCGCAUGACGAUCCUGUAGGACGGAGGAGGAUAGCUCAGCCUAGCUCACAAGUUUUCAAGCAGACUAAGUGUGUCAAGAAAGAGAACAGAAAUCAUUUCGGACCGAUUACGACCUCGCACACUCAAGACCGCAGGACCCUUCGCAGUCGAUCGUUUAAGGUCAUGAGACACCUUAUCAACAUGGUCGAUCAAUCGCUUAUUGAGACCUCGGUGAAUACACAACUCAACACUCCAGAUCAACAAAGAGUGAGGAGCGGUAACAUCGAUCUACCUCGAUCCUCGAUGGAAAUCAAGAAACCAAUAGUGUCGAAACAAACGGAGACAUUCACAACAUCUAGCGACGAAUCUAUUAAGCUCUAUAGAUACAGAUCGAUCCCAAAGUACACCAAGAUCUAUAGAAGCAAAAUCAAGAAUGAAGGUUCCGAACAAUUAGCGGAAAACAACGACAUCUCAGUUGAAGACAUCAUCCAACUCUACAUCCCCAAGGUCCCACCAACUGAUAAAAAAGAAAGAUACUACUACUCAGGCUAUGCAACUAAGAAGAUGGGCUACUGUUCAGCACCCGACUUGUCAACCGUACCACACAAAAUAAUGAAGAAAUUGAGAGAUCCCUCAUUUGCUUGGUAUAAAGACAGAUGGAUGUUAAUUAGUAGACCAGAACCCUGA